AAAUUAAAACUAAUUCUUACAAAUUUGAAAUUUGUGGUCCAAUAGUAACAAUUACUUUAGUGAACAUCUUUAAUUAUUGCCAAAUAAACAGUAUUUAAAUUGUCCUGAGUAUUGAAGAAAAUAAAAAAUAUGAAAUAAAAAUUGCUACAUCUAAAUAGCAAUCAAUGUUACUCACCUCGUGAUUUAGUUCCCUUUUCAGUUUUUAUGCUGCACUAUUUAAAUUUGUUUAGAAUAUUGGGGCUUUCAACCCUAUUGGGGCAUUCCUCUGUUUUUACGGCCACGAUAAAGUCUUCAAAUACUUGAGCUGUGUUUAGAUCGUCACUUAUUUCUUGUUUAAUAGGAUGCAUACUAAUUGUAUUUACAUUUUGAAAUGCGACACUAGAAAUUCCAUUACUCAAUUCUUGUUAAAUAUUCGUAUUCCAAAUAAAAUCAUCGUGAAUCUCGAUUUCGUUUCUUAAUUACUGUUUGCUCCAUAUCCAUUCUGCAUGGAUUAUAUCAAAAAUAAAGUAUUAAGCAACAGUCAUUUGUAGAAAAAAAUAUGAUAAGCAAUGAACGUGAUUAUAAAUUCUUCUUCUAUUCCUUUAAUAAGGUCUACUUCUCUGGUUAAGCAAGUCACCAUUUAGAAACAAUAGGUUUGUUCCAACCUGUUAAAUCGGAGAGUUUUUAAAAUGGUUUAAAUGAUAUCUAUUCAACAAUACUUGUUAUCGAAAGGACCCUCCUGACAACGGUUCACAAACGAUGCCUAACGGCUCAUUCACUACUAUCGCGGAACGCAGCGAGCCAAUCAUCACCUUUUCGCAUGCGUCACUGAAUUCCGCAUCAAAUUCGUUCGUUAUGAAAGUGACAAACGUCAAAUAGUUCACUUUGUAUUUUGAUGUUCGUGUAACAUAUGUGUAUUGAAUAAUGAGUGCUAAUAUUUAAAAGUACCAAUUACAGUCAGAGCUGAUGUAGAAUUAAUUCUCAAGCAGUCUGUGCACUGGAAUAGGAGAGAAAAGCUUACAUUUUGGUGUUUUAUUUUUAAAUGUUUGUCAAUCUGGAUUCUGAAACUAAGUUGCAAUCAUGCAUCGAGAAACGACCAAGAUUAUUGGAUGAACAACGUCCAUCUUGCAAAGGUGUUUGAUAUUGUUUGUUUAUUAGCUAUUUGCAUUUUUGUGCAUUUAAAAGUUAUUAAUUGUUGCGAAUUGUGCUGUCGUAUUUACUUACUCAAUAUGAGUAAACGAGUAAAGGCCUGUUGUGUACCAGGAUGCACGAAUAAGCAAGCGAAAAGACAUUCCAUUCCUACCAAUGAAGAUGUUUGCAGAAUUUGGUUGCAAAGAAUAAAUAACCCCAAGUUAAUGCUUGCAGAUACAGUAUUAUCAUCACAUAGAAUAUGUGAUAUUCAUUUUGAACCAAUUUGUAGAAACCCCAAUGGCAGGUUAAAAAAAGUUUCCCUGCCAUCUCUACAUUUACCUGCUUCUUCAAAUAUAAGGAAAGCUGCAAGAAAGACAACGGUAAGCAUUAAUUAUCCAUAGUUACAAAAUCAGUUUUUUAUAUACCAUUGUAUGGACCAUGUAUAAAAUAAAAACAUUUUUUAAACACGCCAAUAUCUCACUGUUGACAGUCCUAAGCCUGCUAAAGUGUGAAGGAAAAUUUUUUGUUUGUGGAUAUAGUUAUAAAAUGUCAAAAACAAAAUAAAAAUUAUAAUAAUCA